AUGGCCAACUCUCCUCACGGCGGUGUCCUCAAGGACCUCUUCGCUCGCGAUCUGCCUCGCCAGGCCGAGCUGCUGGAGGAGUCGGAGACUCUCCCCGCGCUCGUGCUCUCUGAGCGUCACCUUUGCGACUUGGAACUGAUUCUUAACGGUGGAUUUUCGCCUCUGGAAGGCUUCAUGACCGAAAAGGAUUACAACCGAGUGGUCAAGGAGAACCGCCUCGAAAGCGGCUUGCUCUUCAGCAUGCCCAUCACCCUCGACGUGAACCAGGCCCAGAUCGACGAGCUGUCCAUCAAGCCGGGCGCAAGACUUACUCUGCGCGACUUUCGAGAUGACCGAAAUCUAGCCAUCCUAACGGUCGAGGAUGUGUACAAGCCAGACAAGGUUCAAGAGGCCAAGCUGGUCUUUGGCAGCGACGACGACACCCACCCCGGUGUCAAGCAUCUCUUCAGCGUUGCACAGGACUUUUACGUCGGUGGAAAACUCGAGGCCAUUAGCCGCCUUGAGCACUACGAUUUCCUCGACCUGCGCUUCACCCCCGCAGAGCUGCGAUCGCACUUUAACAAGCUCGGCUGGCAAAAGGUCGUUGCUUUCCAGACGCGAAACCCGAUGCACCGCGCUCACCGUGAGCUGACAGUCCGAGCCGCUCGUUCGCAGCAGGCAAACGUGCUCAUCCACCCGGUCGUUGGCCUCACGAAGCCCGGUGACAUUGACCACUUCACUCGUGUCCGUGUCUACCGUGCUCUGCUGCCGCGAUACCCCAACGGCAUGGCCGCCCUCGCUCUGCUGCCCCUGGCCAUGCGCAUGGGAGGUCCUCGAGAGGCGCUGUGGCACGCCGUGAUCCGCAAGAACCACGGCGCCACUCACUUCAUCGUCGGCCGUGACCACGCCGGUCCCGGCAAGAACAAGAACGGCAAGGACCACUACGGCCCCUACGAUGCGCAGAUCCUUGUGCAGCAGCACCAGGAGGAGCUGGGCAUCAAGAUGGUUGAGUUCCAGGAGAUGAUUUACAUCCCGGACCGUGACGAGUACCUUCCCGCCAACGAGAUCCCCGAGGGCACUCGCACCAUGAACAUUUCGGGCACGGAGCUGCGCAACCGCCUGCGAACCGGAAAGGAGAUUCCCGAGUGGUUCUCGUAUCCCGAGGUCGUCAAGGUGCUGCGCGAGCAGAACCCGCUGCCUCGCGAAAAGGGUUUUACCGUCUUCCUGACGGGCUACCAGAACAGCGGAAAGGACCAGAUUGCGCGCGCUCUGCAGGCCACGCUCAACCAGGGCGGUGGCCGCCGCCAGGACCGAAGCCUCAACAUUGGCCGCAUUGCCUUUGUCGCCUCGGAGCUGACCAAGGCCGGUGCCGCCGUCAUUGCAGCCCCGAUUGCCCCCUACGAGGAUGCCCGUCAGCACGCCCGCGAGCUGGUUGAGAAGUCCGGCCCCUUCUUCCUUGUCCACGUGGCCACGCCGCUCGAGCACUGCGAGAAGACGGACCGCAAGGGCGUUUACCAAAAGGCCCGUGCCGGAGAGAUCAAGGGCUUCACCGGUGUCGACGACCCUUAUGAGACGCCCAAGAAGGCCGACCUGACUGUCGAUUUGACGCAGCAGAACGUCCGCUCGAUUGUGCACCAGAUUAUCCUGCUUCUUGAGAGCAACGGUCUCCUGGACCGACUGUGA